AUGGUUCGUCUUAAAAAUGUAGGCACAGACACGUUUAAUAAGAACACUAAACCUCCAGUCACGAGGAAGAGGAAAUUGACCGCAAGUAACAAUGAAAAUGUAGAUCCAAAUUCAGAACCGGUGAAAAAUCAAAAUGAAAACAAAGGUUCAGCUGCGAAACUCACUGCUAAAGCAAAUAUUCAACCUAAGAGAAGCAGAAAGAAAACGAAGGACGUGAACACUGAACCAAAUGCAGCAACGAGAAUUAGCGAUAAGUGUAAUAACAACACUAAACCUCCAGUCACGAGGAAGAGGAAAUUGACCUCAAGUAACAAUCCAAACUCAGAACCGGUCAAAAAUCAAUCUGAAAACAAAGGAGAUGCUGCGAAAGUCACUGCUAAAGCAAAUAUUCAACCUAAGAGAAGCAGAAAGAAAACGAAGGGUGUUAACAAUGAACCAAAUGCAGCAACGAGAAUGAGUGGACCAUGACUUUCGGAUGAUAACCUGGAUGAAGAACGACCACAUAACUAUCCGGAUCUUUUAAACUCUGAUGAAGACGAUGAAGGGGAUUACGAACACAUUUUCCAAUGUAGUAGUCCUGAUAGCACAGACACAGAAGAUGGUGAUAAUGAUAAAUACCAACCUUCUCCAUCACAUCUGCAACAAACGCAUAUCUCCGAACAAGAACCUCCUUCGACCGUACACAUAGUUCCAACACUUCCUGAGAGUGUGAUUACUCAAGAAACUGUUCAACCUUCUCCAACUCUGAAAAAACGAAAGAGAGUGAGUAUGGCAAAAAAGAAAGAAACUGUACCCGAUAAGAUUGUAUACAAUGACGAGGGUGACAUGACUUAUUCGUGCGUGCAUUGUGGUGCUAAAUUUUGGUAUGGAGAACGACUAAACAGAAGAAGGACGACGGGGGAUCCAUCAUUCAACCUUUGUUGUAUGCACGGCCAAGUCAAAUUGCCUUUACUAAAGGAUCCUCCUGCUCUUAUUAAAAAAUUGCUGUUUGGGGAUGAUGAAAAUUAUCACCUAAUUGGAAGUAAAUUUAUCAGAAUCUACAACAUGUUGUUCUCUAUGACGUCUCUCGGAGGUAAAACUGAUCGUUCUAUCAAAAAAGGAAAGGGUCCAAACAUGUUUCAGCUGCACGGAGAAAAUUACCACCUAAUUGGAAGUAUGCUUCCAAACCCCGGUGAUUAUGCAAAAUUCUAUCAGAUGUACAUAGUUGAUUCUGAAAAUGAAUUGGACAACAGACUGAAUUUUUUCAGUAAGGGGAAACACGCAUCCAAGCCAGAUAAGAAGAAUAGACUCAGGAAGGACAUCAUUGAUGCGCUGACAAAGAUGCUCGACGAUGUCAACCCCUAUGUCAAGAAUUUCAGGACUGCAAGAGAAAGAUUCAACACUAAUCCUCAAGAUAGUUUUCAUAUGAGGAUAAUUAGUGAUCGUGUUACAGAUGGUAGAACUUACAAUGUUCCAACUGUGUCUGAGGUUGCUGCAAUUAUUCCCGGAGAUUUCAAUUUAGAAAUGGGUACAAGACGGGAUAUUGUUCUAGAGAAACGAUCAGGCAAGCUGCGACGGAUAAGCGAAAUCCAUCCAGCCUACAUACCACUGCAAUAUCCUCUGGGGUUUUCUUAUGGAGAAGAUGGUUUCCGACUUGGAAUUAAGAAAGCCAAUGUUGAAGCUUCUAAGAAGACGAAAAAGGAAAACAUCAGCGUUAGACAGUUUUUUGCGUAUCGUCUAAUGGUUAGACCAAACGAGUCAAAUCACUUGCUACACUCUAGGAGAUUGUUCCAGCAGUAUCUGGUUGAUACCUACACUAUGAUAGAGUCUAACAGAUUAUCCUACUUGAGAUUGAACCAGACAAGUUUGAGGUCUGAUAGCUAUGACUCUAUCAAACAAGCGGAAGACCACGGUGUUAUUGAAAUGGAUGAACAAGGCAAUAAAUUUCUGCUACCUGCGAGUUUCACUGGUGGACCAAGAUACAUGAGGGAGUUGUAUUUUGACGCCAUGGCCAUUUGUAGACAUCAUGGAUUUCCAGAUCUUUUCAUUACUUUUACAUGCAAUCCUAAAUGGCCAGAAAUAUCAAGGGAUCUCGCAGGGACCCGUCUAAGUGCCACUGAUAGAGCUGAACUUAUUAGCAGAGUCUACCGGAUGAAACUAAAAUCUCUUAUGGAAGAUCUAACUCUCAAAAACCUGCUGGGAAAAACGGUGGCCUCUAUGUACACCAUAGAAUUUCAAAAGCGAGGUUUGCCACAUGCACACAUUCUUCUAUUCAUGGAUCAGAAGUCAAAGCUCCAGACAACAGACGCUAUUGACGAUAUUAUAUCCGCCGAAAUACCAGAUAAAUCAAAAGAUCCAGAGUUGUAUGAUGUUGUGAAAGAUAUGAUGAUUCAUGGACCAUGUGGUCAUGCCAACCCCAAUUCACCAUGUAUGAGCAAUGAUAUAUGUACUAAGAACUUCCCCAAGAGCCACGCUGAAAAGACUACAAUCAAUAGAGAAGGAUUCCCAUUAUAUAGGAGACGCGAUCAGCCCAAUGUGUUUGUGGAGAAGAACGGUUUUAAAUGCGACAACAGAUACGUAAUUCCAUACAACAAAACCCUAUCCGUCCGUUAUAGAGCACACAUCAAUGUUGAGUGGUGUAACCAGACGGGGGCUGUCAGAUAUUUAUUUAAGUACAUCAACAAAGGAGCCGAUCGUGUUUCUGUUGUCGUUGAGUCAGCUGAGGAAGCCAGGAGAAAAACAAAGAGCGGACAUAAGGAUGUUAGUGGAGAUGCCAACAGUCGAUCAAAUGAUGAGGGUGUUAGCGCAGAGAAGAAAGCUUCCAAGGAAAAUAGGAAUGAGAUCAAGGACUACUUUGAUUGCCGGUAUGCUUUAUUAUUUGUCUUUAGCCUCCAUUUAAGCGAUAUGACUGUUUUCUUAGCUGUGGUCAUAUCAUUAUCUUUUAUUUUAGGUACAUUUCACCCUCUGAAGCUGUUUGGAGAACAUUCAAAUACCCGAUACACCAUAGAUCUGUAUCAGUGGAGAAACUGA